AUGCCCUCUUAUGCUAAAUUCCUCAAGGACAUCAUUGCCAACAAACGCAAGCUAGAGGAGAGUGUGGUGGAAACUCUGAAUGGGCAAUGUAGCGCUAUUUUGCAGUGCAAGGUUCCUAAGAAACAAGCUGAUCCUGGUAGUUUUACUAUCCCACUGAAGUUGGGGAACGAUGUGUCUGCUGUAGCCCUUGUUGAUUUAGGGGCUAGUGUGAGUGUGAUGCCGUUAACAUUAUGCAAAAAGAUCAAUGUCGAGAUGAAAGCCACUCGGAUGUCUAUACAAUUAGCCGAUCGAUCUGUGAGAUACCCAGUUGCUAUUCUUGAGGACUAA